UCACUUCAGUUUAGUCUAAUGGCCGCCGGAUGAGGCGGGCGUCGCGCGCGCUCUUCUGUGUGUGGGUUCAAAGCCCAACAGUGAUUACAGCGCGCUGAAAAUGGAUUGUUUCCCCCCCGAGAGACAACAACGUGAAGCGGAGCCUAUCGGAGUGAAUUAGUUUUGAGCGCUGUGACGUGGGGCCGUGACGCACGACCAUGGCGCUGAAGGAGAAGCUGGAGGCCGUGCUGAACGUGGGCCUGCGGGUGCCCAGCAUCAUGCUGCUGGAAGUGCUCUACCGCUGGGAUGUGAGCUCCUUCUUCCAGAAGAUCCAGAGGAGCAGCCUCAACAACAACCCGCUCUUCCAGUACAAGUACCUGGCACUAUACCUGCACUAUGUGGGAUACAUCUUGAGCUUGGUUCUUCUGACGCUGCCACGACAGCACCUGGUCCGUCUUUACCUGUACGUCCUCACGGCCCUGCUGCUCUUUGCUGGACAUCAAGUCUCCAGGGAUUAUGUUCGCGGUGAACUGGAUUCUGGGUAUGAGGGACCACUGUACCUUGACCCGCUCUCUAUGAACCGCUUCACCACGGCUCUCAUUGGCCAGCUGGUGGUUUGCACCCUGUGCUCCUGCGUCAUGCAAACCAAGCAGAUCUGGCUGUUCUCCGCUCACCUGCUUCCCCUGGUGGCCCGACUGUGCCUGGUGCCCCUGGAGACAAUAGUCUUCAUCAACCGCUUCGCCAUGGUCUUCACCGGCCUGGAGGUGCUCUACUUCCUGGCCUCCAACCUGCUGGUGCCCUACAAUCUGGCCAAGACGGCGUACCGUGAGCUGGUACAGCUGGUUGAGGUGUACGGACUCCUGGCGCUGGCCAUGUCCCUCUGGAACCAGCUGGUCCUGCCCGUCCUCUUCAUGUGCUUCUGGCUGGUGCUUUUCGCUCUUCAGAUCUACACAUACUUCAGCACGCGAGACCAGCCCACCUCCCGCGAGAGGCUUCUCUUCCUCUUCCUCACCAGCAUUGCAGAGUGUUGCAGCACCCCCUACUCCCUGCUGGGCCUCGUCUUUACCGUGUCCUUCGUGGCGCUGGGUGUCCUCACCCUUUGCAAGUUCUACCUGCAGGGCUACCGUGCGUUCAUGAACGACAACACGAUGCAUCGGGGGAUGACAGAAGGUGUUACGCUGCUCAUCCUGGCAGUGCAAACGGGUCUCAUCGAGCUUCAGGUCAUCCACCGGGCCUUCCUUCUCAGCAUCAUUCUCUUCAUCGUGGUGGCGUCCAUCCUGCAGUCCAUGCUGGAAAUCGCCGACCCCAUAGUGCUGGCACUGGGGGCCUCCAGGGACAAGAGCCUGUGGAAACAUUUCCGAGCUGUGAGCCUCUGCCUCUUCCUGCUGAUCUUCCCAGCCUACAUGUCCUACAUGAUCUGCCAGUUCUUCCACAUGGACUUCUGGCUUCUGAUUAUCAUCUCAUCCAGCAUCCUCACCUCACUGCAGGUUCUGGGAACCCUGCUGAUCUACGUGCUGUUCAUGGUGGAGGAGUUUCGCAAGGAGCCCGUGGAGAACAUGGAUGACGUCAUCUACUACGUGAACGGGACAUACCGAUUGCUGGAGUUCCUGGUGGCCCUAUGCGUCGUGGCCUAUGGCGUGUCGGAGACGGUCUUCGGCGAGUGGACCGUCAUGGGCUCCACCAUCAUCUUCGUGCACUCCUACUACAACGUGUGGCUACGCGCCCAGCUGGGUUGGCAGAGUUUCCUGCUGCGCCGGGAUGCCGUCAACAAGAUCAAGAGCAUGCCCACAGCCACGAGCCAGCAGCUGGAGCAGCACAACGACGUCUGUGCCAUCUGUUACCAGGACAUGAGAUCUGCAGUCAUCACACCCUGCAGCCACAUCUUCCACGCUGGGUGCCUGAAGAAGUGGCUCUAUGUACAGGAGACCUGUCCUCUCUGCCACAGCCAGCUGAAGAGCCAUCCACCGCCUGCCGCUAAUGCCGUAGCGCCGGAAGGUGCUCCGCAGGCACCGCAGGAACCAGCCAAUCAGAAUCAAACACCGAUCAAUCAGAUUCAAGAAGCGGCUAGUCAUAUUCAUGAGGCAGCCAAUCAGAAUCGAGAGGUGACAGCUCAGGCAGACCUGAUAGCUGGCACGGCUAAAGAAUGUGUGGAUGCUGCAGGAGAAGUUGACGCUGACUCACAAUCACAUUUGAGUGCUGUAGCCAUUAAACAAGAGGCCCAGCUGGAGGAUAGAGCCUCACAGAGCCAAUGCCUUGAACACGCGUUUAAUGACCCCCAAAUGGGCCAAGGUGUCUGGGAAGGGCAUCAGGCAGCCACCACCUGCCCUGAACAGUAGUGAACACUGUUACCUGUCAAGUCGCUGCAGAUGAGCUGACAAAUCAGUGCUUAACCCACAGACCUAGAAAAACAUGGAGCGGUAGGUUCAGUUCCAGCUGGAUUGUAAGGUACUUGAUUACAAAUAAUAGUCUUUCAUACCACAGAUGUUAUUUGAUAUUGGCCCAGUUGCUUUCAAACUGCAACCCAGCGACAGUAGCCCUGGCACUAGGACUGACAUCUGUUCCAGAAUCAUCGAGUACUCUCAGUUGCAGGACUCAUAAUUGAUGCAAAUUGGAGCAAGGUUACAGUUCAACGUUGAAGCCAUUUCCUCGAGUCAAAAUGGGCCCGAGGUUGUUGUUCACCUCAGCUUGUGUUGUUCUUCUGCCUGCAUUGGACAGGUAGCUCAGAACACCCCACCUUCCCUCACUUGCUCUUCCGUGCCAUUUUUCUGCCCCCAUUCUUUCCUCUCCCUCAUGGGUCCGCGCGUCCAUUUCCUAUUUUGUACAUUUCGCCUGUCUGUGCAACUUCCCUACACGAUUCCUUCAACUGAACAAAAGUGUUCGCGGCGACCGUUAAAGUGAAAGGUCAAGUUAAAACGUGAUAUACUAGCAUUACCCUUCACAGGAGACGGGAGUUGAUGUCCACGCUUUAAGCACCGCUAGGCUAGCACAUGAUCACCGUACAGUAGUAAUUACAGAUUUUCUUUAUUUCGAUAUAUAACCUGUGUUCUAGUAUUACGCCACUGCAUUUGCAAUAAGGUCAUUUAUAGCAAUGCUCCAAAGUUGUCUUGUCAGAAACCAAAUAUUUUUGGUGUAUGUGAGACAAACUGUGUGUGUGUGUGUGUGUGUGUGUGUGUGUGUGUGUGUGUGGGCGCGCGUGUGUACAUGCAUCUAUGAAACAGUUUCGAUACACAGUACUUUAAUGCUGCAUCAGCUAAUGUGAAGUGGACUUUAGCUUUUAUGAGCACUUUAGUGACCUGUAAAGGUGAAAGAGUGGGAGGAGCUUAAAGCCAUGGAUUGAGACCUGAUGCAAAAUAGUAUUCAGUACUGAAUUUUCUUGAGCAGUAUUACUUUGGCAUUUUGCACGAGUCAUAAUGAAUACAUUAGAUGUAUGAGCAAACUCAGCAGAUGCCUUUUUUAUUAUUUUGUAGAAAAUUGGUAGCUUUUGCACAUGUUUUCUUAAAGGAAAAUGAAAAAGUAGCUAUGUUAGGAAAAUUUUACAUCCAUGACAAUUUUUGUAAUGUGAAACCCCCCUCCUUUUCUCAAAUGACAGUGAGAUGAAAUGAGAUUAAAUAUGUUCUGUGAAUGCUGAAUUUAUCACAUUUCAGUUGUGGUCAGUGAAAUGAUCCUGACGUUUUUAUUUUAUGAAACUGAAUGUACAAAAAAAAUAA